AGGAAGGAAGGAGGAUCAUUAUGUGUGUGACUAAUCACUGACCGAGAGUUUUCUGUGGAACCAUUGAACAAGAACCGGGAACUUGAAAAAAAAAUUCCCCGUGUCAUUACGAAAACUUGGGCGUUGUGAUGAAGGCUCGCUGUGUUUUUAUUCAUUAAACGUCGGCCUCUGAGUGUUGAGAGGGAAGCCGGACCCGAGCUGGUGCUGGACGGACGGUGAGGAAGCCUGAAAUCAUGCGGCGGCUGCACGGCGCCUUCACCGCCCAGCUUCUCCUGGUCUGCGCAGUUUCUGCUGUGAUUGUUGUAGUUCCUUCUCCAACAAACGUGACUUUGAGCUGCCAGAAUCUGAAAACCACAGUCAGGUGGGAAUACAGCGAACAGCAACCACAAACCAGCUUCGAGGUGCUCAUCAUAUCAUCUGAGGGGCGCCAGAAGAAUGAAACCACAGACCAUCAGUAUGAUCUGAGCCCUUUCAUCUGGGAAUCUGAGCAGCGCUACGAAGGCUACUACUCUGUCAACGUCACGGCCGUACAGGGAGGCAGGAAGUCCGCGCCGGCCAAGUCUCAGUCGCUCAGCUUUAAUGAGGUCAAGCCGGCUCAUGUAAAAUGUGAAUUAGAUUUCCCUCCUGUGAGUCUGACUGAAGGCGGCUCCGGAGCCACAGUCAGUUUCUACAAUCCCGUCCACUUCUACAAAGAGCUGCAGACGGCCACCAAGCAGAACAAUGUUGUCUUCAGGUUCACAGUCUUAAACAUCACAGGAAAACUGGGGACUGCAGAUUGCAGACUGGAAAAUACGAUUUGCAGAUAUGAUUUCUCAUUCCCUGAGGGUGUGGACGAGUGUGUCUCGCUGGACGGAGAGCUGUUUGACAGGAAUUUUAUAAAUUCUGUCAAGUUCAGACAGACGUCCCCCGUCUGCGUCACUGAAUCAGCUGAGGUUCACAUGGUAACGCUCACCAUACUGCUGUGUGUUUUUAUCAUCAUCAUCAUUUUGGCAGCAAUUGCCAUCUAUAAAGUGAGGGCCUAUCUGAAUGAGAAAUCCAUUCACCCCACAUUCCUGAAGUUUAUCCCCUCUGACAAGAGGUACGUCUUUAAGACCAACGAAGAAAACAUUUCUCCACUGGUGGUCGAGGACAACUCAUACAGCUCAGAGGAGGAGGGCGGUACACCAGAGGACCACCGGGGCGGCGGCGGCUGCGGCGGCGGCGGCAGGAGCAACGGAUCAGACCAACUGACAGCGGGAUACGGGGGCGGAGACCUUCUGGAGGACAGCAGCCAGGAGCCGGAUACAGCAGACGAGGACUCUGCAGACGACUCUGUGAAAACAGAGUGUGUUAUGAUAGAGGAGGAGGAGGAGGAGGAAUGGGAAGUGAGGGUGGGAGCAUAUGACUGCGCACACAAUAUACCUGACACAGGUGACGAACAGGUGAACGUGGUUUACACCCAGAGAUGAAACAGCUGACAGAGUCUUGGUUUGGGACUAACGCCCGGCUCUGUGCACCGAGAGGAGCUGGAGCAGUGGAUGAACACGGGUCGCUGACCUGCACACACUCCUCCUGAACAACGUGGAGCACGACCUUUCACCUAAGCCACAUUUAUUCAACCUUUUUAAAGGGACAGUUCGAGUUAUUUGACGUGGGGUUGUGUGAGGAAGUCCCGCAGAGUCGGUGUGUUACCUGCAGCGGAUUCUGUUCAGCUCGCGAUGAUGUGUGGGCGGAGCCAGCCGGAAAAACGUGUUUUAGACACGUUUUUAAACCGCCCACCGGAACAAUCCAAUAUCCGUUUAAAUGUAAACAUUUUUUCAACCGUAUUCCUACACCACAAGCGCAUCGCACUGUGUUACGCCGCUUUCUGACUCACUCAGCUGACGUGCAUAAUACAGGAGAGAGAGAGAUAAGAUAGAUGGCUGGAAAUAUUCCUCAUGACGUUUCAUUUAAACAGAUAUUGGAUCGUUUCGCUGGGCGUUUUUUAUUUUUUUAAAAGUGUCUUAAAACGUGUUUCUUCUGACGGCCCCGCUAGUGUACCGGUGCUCCUGCUGCUCCUCAAUACUGGCAGCGUGCGGCUCUGAAUCUACUGCAGGUAUCACCAUGACAACGCAUGACCACCUGUCUCGUCAAAUAACCCCAACUGUCCCUUUUGAGGUGUUUGUAAAGAAGCUGUUGACGCUGCUGUUUGUCUCAGGGAAAGAAAGCGGUGAUCUGUCAGUCACCUCAGGCAGGUCGCCGGACCUCUUCAUAACCCCACAGGGACGUUUUCAUUUGAAGUUGUAUAAUGACUUUGUUGGUUCUUUAUCUUAUUUUCCCGUACCGGCUCAAACUGGCAGUUGUUUAUGUAUUUUAAUCCGUCUUCUGUACAGUUUUUUAAAUGGACAGUUCACCCAAAAAAAACAUACACACUAAAUACAUUUUCUCACUUGUUUCAAGUGGCAUUUAAUCAUGUAGAUGGUUUGGUUUUUAUUAGCCUUGGUUUACGAUCUCUGGCACCAUGUUGACACAGACUGUUGCUGUGGUUCUGAUGGUCACAGACUUGACUUAUAAAAUAAUGUUGGACACAGAGCAGACUGUUUUCAGAGGGACUAUUUUUUCAGUAGAAAGUAGUUCCAGAGAAAACUGUAAAUGUGUUUAUGCAAACAGAUUCUGAUUAAACUCGGUUGUUGAGGUGGAAACGAGAUCGAGACAAAGAUCUCAAAACUCAGACAAACAAAAACCCAAAGGAUCUACACGACACUAGAGGUGAAUAAGAAAAUGUUUUAACUGGCAUUAGUUUGAACUGUCGCUUUAAGACUCGUACAUGUUGUUGAAGUCGUAAAAUGAAGCUGAGCACCUUUUACCUCCUGGACUUUAAACUCCCUGCAGCGUCAUAAACACUCCAGUCUCACCCACAGCUCCACGCCUCGUAGAAACCUGCGACCUGCUGAACUGGCCUGAUCACUGAGCGGGUUUUUCUGCUUUGCCUCACAGGGUUGGAUUUGUUGGAAACUUCAGGGCUGCUCAUAUUUUUAAUGCUGUUUUUUUCAUUUUUUUUUAAUCCAUUUUUUUUAUGAAACUGCAUUUUGUUCAAUUAUCAAUCACAAUAAAAUUGUUUUUUUUUUUAGGUUUAAACACCAAAAAAACACCAAAUGGCUUUAUACUUUUUACACGUUUACACUGAAUAAACACAGUGACCAAGAAUGUCAGAUUAUUUUACCAACGCCAGAAGUGAUUUUUACAAUAAAAUAUAAAUAUAAAAUCUUCCUCUGUCAACUGAUGCUUGUUUACAUGAGGAGGGAAAGUCGAUCUCAGAUCAACUAGAAUCACCGUCCUCUGGUUGUUUCCUCCAAGUCGCAGGACAUGUGGUCGAACUCUCUCUCUCCUUCCUGAGUUACAGUGUUUUUACACUGUUCUGCUGUCACAGUGAAGUUGGAUAUAAAAUGUUAUCACUUCAACGCACAGCAACGUAAGAUAACACAGAGAGACAGACAGGAAAGUCAGGGAGGGAGAGAGAGAGACAGACAGAGAGAGAGAGACAGAGACAGACAGACAGAGACUGUAUGAUGUUAAAUGAUUGUACAUAAAUGUAUUUAUCUUAAAAUCUAAAUCUGCGUCAAUAUUCAACGUUUAAUUAUUAUUGCAUUAUAUGUGUAUUAUUAUAAUCUGUAAACUGCUUUGGCAGAAACAUGUUCUUGUUCAUGCUAAUAAAGCUUUUUCUGGAGCGAGAGACACA